AUGUCCCACAUGAUGCACAAGGUGAAGGAGGCCUUGAGUGGCCACCACCACCAUGGUGAAUCCAAACAAACCAGCACAGCGGACAAUGGUCCCCAUGAGUCCGAGGCUGCCAACAAGGUCGAUCCUCGGGUCGAUAGCGACCGUGACAACCGCGCUCGCACUGAGGCCAUGGGAGGUACUGCUGGUCCUCAUACAUCUGACACUGCCAACAAGCUCGACCCUCGGGUGGACAGUGACAGGGACAACCGUGGUGCCACCACCGGUGGCUACGGCACAGGCCCUACUGACACUACCACCGGCGGCUACGGCACAGGACCUACUGACACUGGCCCUACUGACACUACCGCCGGCAACACUUAUGGCAGUGGAAACCCCACUACUGGCUCCUAUGGUACCAAGAACACGUACGAAAGCACCAGCAACACCCAAGCAUCUAGGAACACUUAUGAAAACACAAGCACCACUGCUGGUCCCCACGACUCCAACAUUGCCAACAAGCUCGAUCCACGCGUCGACAGUGACCGGGAUAACCGUGGUCUGGGUACUGGCACUGGCACUGCACCAGCUGGAAGCAGCUACACUGGUACUGGUGCUGGAACCACGGCUGGCCCUCACAGCUCCAACGUCGCGAACAAGCUCGACCCUCGUGUCGAUUCCGACUUGGACAACCGUGGCACCAUGGGAACUCAGCGUGGUUACUAA